CUCAUUGCUGUGCAAUUUGAGAAUUGAGCAGUGUCGUCGAAGCUCGAGACGCGAACAAAGGAGCGCCAAGGGACGAUCACGUUUAUACAUACUGAAGCAAAAUGUAUAAUAAUAUUAUAGAUAUACUUAGUGUUCGUUCAUCGUGAUUAUAAAUAUUGCUUUUGACUCUUUUUAUCUCUUGGUUUAUUUAGUUUAAACAGCUGUUCAUGUGGAUCUGCAGUUAAUCGUUUAGUUGAUAAAAUGGUUUGGGACAAAAGGGGCCCGCUAGGGAGCAAUGUACCACGUGACAUCCGACUACCGAUCGAAGCCGAGAGUCGAGACGAUGGCCGCCAUUUUGUUCACUUCACUCGGCGCUGCGGCGCGAAGGAGACGAGAGUCACGGCGCUAGCGCGGCCGCUUUUUGUUAUGUGUAUAUUUUGUAAAAGUGAACCUAGAUUUUGUGAAACCUUGAUCUGCAUUUAAAUAUAUUGUGUUAUUAUAAGCCGCAACCAUGGAUUCGGAAUACGACCGAAAAUUCGAAGAAAUGAAAAAAUACAUUCCAUUUUUGGACAGUAUGAUCAAAAGACUGGAGAGCAGCAGUGUGCCGUCAAAUCCUCGUCAGGCUCAGCUCAUUAAAAUAAGAUCUCUCAGAGAUUUACUACAAGACAAGAAAAAAAGAAUGAAAAUGGAGAAUCUAUUAAAAUGCGAACAAGUCUUGAUCAAUUUGUAUAAAAAAGUGGAACAGCGGGAAACAAUACAAGAAAUUAAGAGUGACAGCAAUGUGUCAGCUAAGAGUUCAAACCUGAAUCAGGUUAGGAAUAAAUUAAAAUCAGUUGUAUCUAAGUUAAAUCAAGAAACAUUACCAGAAAUCGCCAGAGCGAAUGAAACUGAAGAAGUGAUGGUUCCUGGUAGUAAGGAACCCGCUUUAUUUCAAAGGAGACCAAACCGAAAAUCCAUUUCACCUAUAAAACCCUUGAAUAAUUCUGAAGAUGUAUCCCCACAAUCAUCUAAAAAAAGCUAUACCCGCGUGCUUGUAUCUCCAGAUCGGAGUUCAAAAAGAUGGUCUGAAAGUGAGGAUUGUAAAGCUGACAAACCACUAUUCAGCAGGCGAUCCCCACGCAGAAUGCCACGUGCAGUUUCACCGACAUAUCAUAAAAAAGAAAGAAAAAAAGGAAAAAAGACAAAACAGGGCCAAUCAAAGGAUUUAAACAUUACCCUAAAUGUACCAGAAGAAAAACUAAGUUCCCUAAGCACGGAUGAUAUUUUGUCUAGAAUAAUUAAUUGCAGUGAUAGUGAUGUUGAUAUUGCUACAUUACGUGAAUUGCGCUCUCAAAUUUUAGGAGAACUGAAACAAACCGGCGUUAAAGAAGAUAUAUCGGAUUUACUGCUGAAAUCUUGUAAUAAACAAGCUAAGAAUAAAGAAAGUAAGAAAAAAGAUGAAAUAGAAGAAGGAGAGUUGUCUGAUAGUGAAAGCGAAGCUAUAGAAAGCAUAUAUGGCAGUUUAAUAAUAAUGGACAAAGGCAAAUCUUCUAGUACCAUUAAAACUUCAUUAGGUAGUGAUCAAUCACGUAAAAUUCAAAUUUGCCUUGUAAUUAAUUCGGAUAAAGGAUCUGUGGUGAAGAAUUCAGGAGACAAAAUACCAAAUACAAAUACAAAUGUCGAUAUCUCUGAUUUUGAGUCAUUCGCUAUUGAAAAGAAACGUGACACUGAUAAAAUUUCACCUCAAAAUUCUUCAGCGUCUGAAAAUGAAAAAAUAACGGAGGACAGUGGAAAUACAAAUGAAAAAAGUAAUGAUGAUAGUAAUGAGAAUAGAAAUAAUGAAAUUGAGGCUGAUAAUCUACAAGCUAAAAAGAAUAUUGAUGACCUUGAUGCAAAUGAUAGCAAUAAAACUAAUAAUCUAAAUUUUCCUAAAUCCACCACUGAAGAUGUCAAGGACUGUAGCGCAAUUCCUUCAGAAAGUCAAAAUAUAUCAACCAAAGCCAAUCAAUCUGCUUCGGAUGUUAAAAAAGAUUGUGUUAAAGUGGAUGACACGAAAUAUUCAUCAGAGACAAAAAGUACUAAUAUAGAUCCAAGCGUUGAUGUUUCUAAUAUUUCAUCGAAUGUAUCUUGUUACAAUGAAGUACAUAAAAGCUCGACGCUAAGUGAUCAGUCGCAAAAAAAAAUUAACGAAGAGUCGAAUAACGUUGAUAAAACCGGUGCUAUUUCAUCGGAUAUCGAAAUACCUUUUAUAAAUUUGGCAGAAACUGCAAAACAAGAAGUUGUAUCUGAAAUAGAUAUUUUGCAAGCAUUGAAGAAAGAAAUUUUAGGUGAAUCAACUUUUGCAUUGGAUAAUGACAUAGUGACACCACCAUUACAUCAACCGAAAAUUACUAAAGUAGCGAGUGCUCAAGAAAUAGUUAAAAAUAGAAUAUCGAUUGAAAAAUACAAACAGAAAUCAAAUUCCUCACCCAAGACCUUUAAAGAUGUGAGCAUUAAAUCAUCCAAAGAAGAUCGAAAUAAGAAACAGAGUUUAAAAUUAACAGAAAAGGAAUGUAGCCGAUUUAAUUUUCCAAUUAAAUUGCCAUUAGAUGAAAGUUCUGAGGAUGAAAUAAAUGACUCAAGCUUUUCGGUAGACGAUAUAUACCGUAAUUUAGCCCCAAAAUCACCUGACCAUGAUGAUUUUGCAGAUGCAGGUAUUAAGCCACCAGUCAUAAUACCUAGUGAUCCCAUUAAAACCUCAGAAGUAGUUUCUUCAUUUACAGAUGUUGAUAUGAGAAAACCUUUAAAUAACACAAUCAGUAGUUUACUUAAUUUAAAAACGUCCUAUGAUACAAAUAAUAUUGAAAACAAAAGUGAAGUAGAAGAAAACAUAAAUUUUGAAAAAAAGAAAUUACAAUUAGUAGAUCCUCGAAAAAGUAAAAUAGAUUCCACCAACAGAGAUGAUAUAUGUCCACCUUAUAACCCUCUGGAAGAUAAUCUUAAUUCAAAUAAUCAAAAUAUUAUGCGAAAUCCACUUCCUUCAACGCCAAAUAUGCCAUCGGGACCAAAUAUGACUCCUUUAAUAGCACCUAAUAUGACUCCUGUUAUGAUGACACCGAAUUCUCGAUCAUUUGAAAUGACGCCAUCUCGUAAUCCAUGCGACAGUGAAGAUUAUCCUGAUGGUAAACAUGUUUACGCACCAUUGUUUCCUCCUUUAAAUCAAUUUGAAUCAAAAGAAACUCCACUAGAAUUUAAACAAUUUGAAAACAAGAAUCGUCAAUGGGAAGAACACCAAAAUAAUCCUCGGACACAAAGAGAUGUAGAUUAUAGAAUGUUUAAUCGUGAUGGCUUUCAGAAUGAAAUCAGGCAAGAAAAUUUAAAUGCUGAUCCAAGGGAUUCCUACAAUAGAAUGGAUUAUCCUCCUAAUCGACCGUUUGGUACAUUUGAAGGGCCUUCAUCAUCUAUACCUCCUUUAAUGAGUAUUGAUCCAUCAACACCUUUACCGUCAUUUGGAAGACUUGAUUGCCCUUCAACACCACUGCCCUCUUUUGGAAGACUUGAUUGCCCAGGCACUCCUGUACCAUCUUUUGGCAGGCCAGAAAUGCCAAUGACUCCAGUGCAUCCGUUCGGUCGCUUAGAUGGCUCUGUAACACCGGUGCAUCUAUUUGGUCGCACAGAUGGCCCAAUGACACCAGUUCAUCCAUUCGGUCGCUCAGAUGGCUCUGUAACACCAGUGCAUCCUUUUGGUCGCUCAGAUGGCCCAAUAACACCAGUUCAUCCGUUUGGUCGUUCAGAUGGCUCAGUAACACCAGUGCAUCCUUUUAGUCGCUCAGAUGGCCCAAUAACACCAGUUCAUCCGUUUGGACGUUCAGAUGGCUCACUUACACCAGUGCAUCCGUUUGGACGUUCAGAUGGCUCACUUACACCAGUUCAUCCGUUUGGCAGAAAUGACUACGGACAAAAUUUCAAUAUUCCCAAUCAAAAUUAUGGUAGAAAAUCUGACCAAAGGCGUAAUCGAAAGUCUAGGUGGGAAGACGAUACAGAAAAAAGUUAUAGAGAUUUUCAGUUCAACUCUGGCUUUAAAUCUGAGCAAAGAUCAUUUUACUCUUCUUCUGAAUCGUACAGAAGAUAUGAACCCAACGUAUCUAAUAACGAAAUAAAUAAGUCUCGUGAUAACAAACACGAUAGAUAUUAUAGAGAGUAUUCUGGUGAUCGUGAUUAUAGGAGAGGAAGAUCACAGAGCCGUGAUAGUGAAAAUAAUCGGCAUCAGUCUAAAGACAAUCGUAGAGGUGGUAGAAAGUCGGAUAACUUUAAAUUCUCCGAUUCGAGGAAUCAAUAUAAUCAACGCGAUAAAAGUGUUUCUCGAGGUAAAUCAAUAGAAAGAAACUUACCAAAUUCAUUUAAUAGAUCUUCUAGCGUCAGUCGUUCUUCUCAAAACGAAAAUAAAUUAUCUAUACAAAAUUCUGCUGGUCGCUCGUUUACUAUUGACACUAGUGUGAAAAGAACUUUUCAGGGCUUGGAUAACCGGCAAUCAGAUAAUUUUAAUGUUCGAAGACAACGAGCCGCAAGUGUUGGACGUUCAUUUGUUCGGGAGAAUGGCGACCGACAUACUAAGCAAAUACAUGAUUCACGUAGAACAAAAUCUAAGCAUACAGAAAAGAGCAGAAGUUUUAGUCGCGCACGCAGUGUUGGGAGAGAUGUUUCUGUUCAACGCUGUGAUAAUCUUAAUGAUAUUAAGGCUGAUUUAAGAACUUUUAAAUUGAGUUAUGAUAUUAAACUGAAGAAAAAACAUGAUAAUGAAAAAUCUAACAGAUGCUUUCCAAAUAAAGACAGCCAUAAAGAUCAAAAAAAUAAUUCAAAUGAAAAAUACUCGCCCAGAAAGAAUUAUAGAGAUCCUAGAAUUCGACGCGAACAAGAAUUCGACAAAAGUGAUAAUAAAAGUCAACACAAUCGUGAUUCUAGAGGUUAUGGAAUAGUAUAUUCAGACGAUAAUAUAUCUAAAGGUACAAUACUUGGUCCUGGUUGUUCUGUUAAAAAUUACAGAAUCCCUAAAAUAAAGCGAUCUCCAGAGAAAAGUGUCGUUAACGAAAGUUUAAAAGAAAUCAAACAAAAUGAAACCUCAGAAGCGACGAGUGAGUUGGAACAUCCUAAUAAAAAAGGAAAUAAAACCACUAAAGACUGCAAUGAAUUAAAAAAUAUGGAAGUAUCAACUAACAAAGGCAAUGUUACACCGCCGCUUUCAAACAAGAACGACAAAGAUCUUAAAGCUAUAAGUAGUGAAACAGUAUCAGAUUCUGUAAAGAAAGUUGGUGAUGAAAUAAAGAGUAAUGAAACUGAAAGUGUGCAUGAAAAUAUCAAUAGACGAAUAACAAGAUCUCAUAAGUUGAGCUCUAAUGUAGAAUCAUUAGUAGAUUCACCUGUUAAACGAACAAGAAAAAGUAAGAAGCCUGUCAUUUAUGAUUCCGAAUCUGAUACCGAACAAAAUAGUUUAAAAGAUGAGAUUAAAAACAAUCAAAAUGAUAAUAUUAAGAAACCAACAAUGGAAAUUAAUUUACAAAAUAAUACUUCGCCAUCCCAGCAAAAAAUUGCGACUGAUAAGGCAGAUAAAAAAUGUAAUGACGACUUAAAUUCUAGUUUCAGCGAUAUAUUUUCUGAUAAUAUUGCCUCGGAUCCAGUUUUAGAUAAUAUUAAUGCUUUAAUAGCUGAUUUAGAUCAAGACUUGGAUACAUCUAAGACCUUGGACUUGCAAAACCAAUUUACACAAGAAAUAUCGCUAGAAAAUAUGUUAGAGAAUAUAACAUCGUCAGAUAAUAUGGAAACUGAAAAUUCUAGUGAAGUAUUUAGCGUCGCUCAGGAAAUGGAGAAAGAAAUAACAUACAAUCAAGUUGAAAUAAGAGUAGAAGCUGAAGAGCAGAAACAAAAAAGUGCAGAAUUAGAAAAUAGCACGAGUGUUUUUGAAAAGUUAAUUGAUGAACGAGAAAAUACUGAGAAUAAUAAUAAUACUGGCACAAAUAAAGAAGAUCAUAAAGAAAAUGAGAACAUGGAUUCUCAUGGAAAUACCGAACAUUCAGAUGAAGAUAAGAAUGAAGCUGUGGUAUCUACUACAAAAGAUGAUAUUCAGGAUAAAAAUGAAAAAACAAAUACAAAAGUUCGUUAUGAUGUAAUAACAGCACCAGAUAGCACGAUAACUUUAAAUAAUGCUAGUGAAGUCAUUGCCAGAGAAGUCCCUGACAGUACAAAUGAAUCAAGUAAUGAUAUAAUAUCAAUAAAUACAACUUCGGAUGUUCAGAGUAAAGAUUCAUCAAUUGUCCAUUCAUCUCAAAGUAUGGAUCAAGGGGAUACUAUCGGAAAAUUCUUGUCAAUUUUGCAAGAUAGCAGUAGAAUUAAUGAAGUUUUAUCGUUUCUUAGUGAAAAGUCAUCAGAUAACGAAAAAAUUAAGAAAAAGUUAGAGAAACUCAGAGAAAUUGUAUUAAAUGAUGAAGAUGACAAUGGUAGUAACAGUUCAGUUACGAAAAAUGAGUUGGGAGAACCUGAAGUUAAAAAAUCUUUGGAAUCCUGUGAAGCCACUGAAAUAAAGAAUGAUACAGAAAUUCCCGAUGGAAGUGAAUUAAAAUCAAAGCCAAAGCCAUCUAUUGAAGAGUCUGCAAAUGAGAACAUUAACGAAGUAAUCGAUCAAAAUACUAAUACCGAUAACGAUUCAAAUAAAAAUACUGCAGAUAAAGCUGGCGAUGAGGAAAAUAACCUAAAUGUAGCAAGCCCUACUGAAAAGCACGAUAUUGAUGAUUCAAAAGAGAAAGAAUUAGACAUUAGAGACAAUAGUGCAGAUGUCGAAAAACCAGAGGCUAAUACAAUUUCAGGAAAGAAAAUGUUAAAAGGUAACCGAAAGGGUAAAAAACGUGGAUUAAAUAAAGGACAAUCAAAUAACACAAAUCGUCUAACAAGAUCCGGAGCAAUAACUAAACCUAAAGGAAAAAAGCCUUCGAGAGAGCUUUUAAAUCUUCAAGCGGACAUCAGAGAAAUGUUCAUAAAAGAUGAUAUUUUGGGAGGGACAACAGGUAUAAGAAUGUGCCGUUUAGCGAAAUUAGUAGAUGAAAAAUCUCAAAGCCCAAAAGAUGAAGUUUCAAAGUCUGAAUUUGAACCAAUUGUACGAAUAGAAAAAUUUAAAAAUAUUAAUAGCUAUGACUCAAAUGACUCCACUGAAAAACCCUCAAAGAAAAAGAAUAUAAAAACUAAGUCUUCAAAAGCUAAGCCGAGUACCGAAAGUGAUCCAUAUGUUUUUGAAACUGAUUCUUUCAGUGAAUCCUGUACAAAUGAAAAGGAGGAUGAUAGUUUGUCUGAUUGUGAUAGUGAUUCAGCAGAUUCAUCUAAAAGUGAGAAUACGGAACGAACAGUAGAAGUGAAGAAGAAACCAAAACGUAGGCGACGUGCUUGGCAAGCGGGAGUCAUUGUACCCAAAAACAAGAAAAAGAAAAAUCCAGCUCCUCCACAAACGAAACCGGCAAAUGAGUCUGCCGAAAAUUCGUUGAUACUUGAGAACAAAGCUAAGAUUCCUGAUCCUUAUUGUUUUACAGACAAGAAUUACUGCUUUAUUAGAAAUGUUUCAACCUAUUCAUGUCGUUUAUGCGAAUAUGAAGGCAUACACAUAGUUAAUCAUUACAAGAAACAACACCCUGACAUUGAAAUACCACUAUCUCGUAUGAGUGCUGAUAUAGCCAUGGAAGCUAUAAAGCAAUGUGAAAAAGUGAAUCUGCAGUCUAUAAGUAAGUUACCUAGUAACCGUUAUGUAUGUAGAUUUUGCUUUAAAGAAUUUUAUAAUCAUAAAAACCUUUUGGAAAAUUUCUUUUGGCAUAUUGUAAGCGUACAUACUGGAGAGUAUAAAGAAAGUCGUUCCGUUUGUGAUAACGACGCUCAAUGUCCAUCGGAUUUAGAUAUCCCGCCUCCUCCUGUAGCCCAAAAAGGCCAAUUAAUCGGAUAUAUUUGUGGAAUAUGUAAUUACACGCAAGUAUCACUAGAAAAUUUGAAAAACCAUGUCAUAAAGAGACAUAAUGAUAAACAAACUGAAGUAUUUACUAUUAACAUGUCUCAUAUGUCAACAAAAACAAUGAAUACUCUACUAAAACGAAUGCAAACCUUAAGCAAUACAAAAGGAACUGAGGAACAGCGUACUCUUAGAAGCACUAGAACCAAUGUCAAUGCUGACGUUAAUGUCGACGAAAAGAGUGAUUCUGAUGACAGCGAUACUUGUGACAAUUCAUCAACAUCCAGUUCUUUACAAGAAAAAAAUAAAACACCAAACGAUAACAUUUUUAGUAUUAAAUCUAAAAUAACAUUCGAAAAUGAUAGUGAUACUGAUAAAAUGUCAAGUCAACCAGAUUUAAAUAGCGUUAAAUUGGAGCCGGAAACUUUGGAUAAUCCAACAGAAUUUGAAGAAGUAUCGGAAAUGAGUGCUACACCAUUACCAAAUGAUGAGGAAGAUACUCCUAAAGAAAGUGAGAAAGAUGUACCAAGCAGUGAUAUAUUCCAAUUACCUCAUUUUAAGAUAAGCUAUUCUGAAUCAGGAUCUAAGGAAUAUAUUUGUUGUAUUAAUAACAAACAGCACUAUAAAUCGACUUUAUUAAUAUCCUUAAAAAGACAUGUACAGAUGAAACAUUCUGAGAAAUGGGAUGGUUAUUGCUGCAUUUGCAAAGCCAUAGUAACCCCUCUAGGAGUUCAUAAUUUUUAUAAUUGCCUAAAUCAUUUUCUUGAUAAUCAUUUUGAUAAUAUUCCUGUCUUGGAGAAAGUCGUAACAGAAAGUACUGAACAAUCUAGUAUAGAAACGAAAAAUACUGAGGCCACGAGUUCUCCUAAACCAUUUUUAUCUGUGCGACCUUUAUCAGAACUUAUUUCUAAGAAUACUGAAAUUGAAUAUCCCACAAAUACUGAGAGUUUACCCAAAAUUGAAAGUGUGGUAAGUCUAGGAACGGCAGUGGAAUCCAAUAAUAGUGCAUUUAUGUAUCCCCGAACAGAAGUUCCACAAGCUGAACCUAAAAAUUACUUAUACGAAGAAGCCCAAGUCGAAAUUAUGUUGAAGAAAAAUAGAAUAGUAUUGGAUGCUAUGCUGACUCAUGAAAAAUUGGUCCACGUAUUCAAAUGUGCGGGAAGGUUUUGUUCCUUUACAACUGACAGCGCAGAAGACGCUCUUCUCCAUGCGAGCACACACACGAGAGUAGGGGGAGACAAUGCAUUGAAAUGUGCUUAUUGUGAUUACGAUACUUCAGACAAUGCCAUCGAUUUGAUAACACAUGUGUUUAAAACACACGGAUACUGCCAAUACGUAUGUGGCUUUUGUUUUUACCGAGCGGCUGCGAGCCAAUUAGUCAACGCGCAUAUAUGCCGGUUGCAUGGAGAAGCACAAGUUAAAACGGUUUUGAAAACUUCCUUUGCAACUGAAGCCAGUAAUGAGACGACACCUUUAACGAGAACAGAUGCCGUUCCAUUCUACACAUGUAGUAUCGAAGGAGAAGAAAAUACCGUAUGCAAAUUUAAAACUUACACCCCAGGAAAGUUUUGUGAACAUAUAACACUUAAGCAUAAAAAUACAACUGUGUAUAAAUGUUUCGAAUGUAAUUCAUCUUCAACAUCAGUGGCAGAAUUAAUACAACAUUUGAAAACACAUGGUCUGAGACUAUAUCAAUGCGUUUGGUGUGUCUUUGGCGCUGAUAAUGAAAAUGACCUAUUAGCCCAUGCUUCAAUCAAACAUCCCACAUUACAGCCUCAAGCAUAUUUGAGAGUUAUUACCAACAAGGAGGGCACCACGGAAUAUAGAGUAUUACCUCUAGCGCAUCUUAACAAAUCUAAAAUCCCAACAUUAGAUAUAACACCUGCUGGUGUAAAAGAAAAUCCAGUAAAAGAAGCCGAAAGAUCUGUAGACUUGGAAAAACUCAUUGGUCAUACGACACAUUUUAUAGAAUCUAUGGCUACCACAGCAUCCGCAGUUGUUGGAUUAGGAUCUAAUAACAAAAAUGAAGACACAGAUAAUAGUUUUCUAUUACAUCCAUCAACAAGUUUGGAAUCUGGCCCAGUCACACCUCCCGCUUUUGUUUCAGAGGCUCAUACACCAGCUCUUAAUAUUAAGGCAGAGGAACCAAAAACAUCACCAGUAAAAUCUUCGCUGAACACAUCAGAUGAAAUUGUGUGCUUAGAUAGUGAUGAUGAGGACAACUCGAAUACUUCGAAUAAUAUUGUUAGCGAGAGUUCUUUUCCCAAAGCAUCAGUUGAAACGGAGACAAAGUUACCCAUGCAACUUUUAUAUUUGUGUUCAAAAUGUAAGCUUAUAUCGAAAAAUUCGAAAAUAUUUAAAAACCAUAUUCAAUCGUGCUUCCAUCCUCAUAUUAUAGAAGUGCCGUGCGCAUACUGCUCAUUUAAAAGCACAAGAUUACGAUUAGUGAAACAUUAUACUCAAACUCAUCUGUUAAAAGCGGGGAAUGUUAAUCUAUUUUAUUGCUUCAAGUGUCCAGAUGUUUUCACUUCGUUGAUGCAAGCGAAAGACCAUCUUAAGUCGCUUCACAACGUAACAAAUUAUAAUGUAUUUUCGAAAUAUCUGAAUGGACAGCUACAAUGCGUCGUGGGUGAGAAUGUAAAGAAGACUCUCGUUAGACGCAAACGAUCUUUGGGUAGCGGUGAUAAAGUUGAUGAACCACCUGCUAAAAUGAAAAAAUUUGGUCCAGAAGAUGUCCAUCAGUUGCCUAUAAAUCCUAUCUUGGAUUAUUCAGUUUGUUGCGCUCUCUGUGAAUUUAGUACAAAAGUUCGUUUAAAUAUGGUUCGUCAUUUACAACUCCAUGCAAAUCAGCAGCCGGUCCCGCAAACUGCGCCGGUGAACCCAGUUCCUCAUCUUGAAACAAAUGAAAAGCAUUUCGAUAAAAUGGUGAACUUGGCGUCGAGUUCUUUAACUAUCCGUACAACGGAGAAAACUAACAAAAACGAAAGUUCUAUGGUCAGCGUUCUCAUUCCAGCUGAAGAUGCAGCGCGCUAUCCUAAAUAUGUUCCCGAGAGACAACGCAACACCUGCGGUGCUAAAGGUUGUGCGUACAUAUCCGUUGAUGAAAACAUGUUAAAAUACCAUUGGGAGGCGCUGCAUUCUGGAAGCAAUAGUUUUCAUUGCGUUCAUUGUCCACCUAACCAAGCUUUAGACACCACGUUACCUCUUACAGCGUCACGCAUUAUAACUCAUCUAAAAAUGCAUGACGUUCGACUAUAUGCGUGUUCGAUAUGUCCUUAUUAUCAUUAUAAACGUCUAGUAUUAGAAAAACAUAUCAAGGAGAUUCAUAAAACAGGUAAAGUUAUGAUUGUUAGAGAAGAAAUUAGUCCUCCUCCACUAAAUACUGCACCACCGGUCGCGCCACCGAUCGCAGCGCCUACGAUGGAUUUGAAACCGUGGCAGUGCGGUCUGUGUGAAUUUAAGAGUUUAUUACGACCCGAUGUGAUCGAGCAUUGUGCAAAGAACCACCAAUCUAAGAUGCAAUUUAAAUGUGCUUAUUGUGCAUUUAGAACUUCAAAUAUGGAAAAUAUAACAAAACAUCAAUCAUUGUCUCAUCAAGGGAAACCCGAGGAAACAUUUUUCUAUUACUACAGAGAGGGCUCUCUGCCAAAUUCCGAUGGGGUUCCAUAUUGGCAAAUGCAAAAAAAGAAGUAUAACAUUCCUGAAACGCGUGUGAAAGUGGAAGUUUCUGAAACUGUAGCUUCGCCUAGUGUACCUCAAAAUCCACCUGCUCCUUCGGUUGAUUUGAAUAUAGUAAAAAAAGAAGUCAUAGAGGCUCAAGAUGAAACCAUUGAAGACAUUUGUAAACUUUUCGGACAAUUUUGCGAACCGAACGGGCUGAAAUAUAAAUGUUCGUUAUGCAAGAACGUCAUAGAAGAUACGAAGGAGGCGAUGCAAUCACAUUUAUAUGAAGAAUUAAAAUACAGGAAAUGGGGCUGUAGUAUAUGCUUGUACAAAGCUUUUCACAAACGCGGCUUAAGUGAACAUAUGCAGUCUGAACAUCGCCAGAAUCGAGAUCCAAUAGAGUUACAAGUAGACAUGAGGAUAGAGAAGUGGGUUACUAAACUAUUGGAAUACCAAGAAUCAAUAAUUGAGAAGAAUAAAGAGAAAUUGGCGCAACAGAAGGCAGAAAUCCUCAAACAACCGCCUGGGCCGUCACUAUUACUGUCUUCCCAGUCCAACACCGUUCCGACACCGAAACCUUCCACUCCUACUACAGAGAACACAAGCUUGGAAGAAUUAGAAAAGAAAUUUGGUCCCUUUGGUGCUCCCGUGAACUCGUCCUUCUGUUGUCCAAAGUGCAACGAUGUUAUUCAGGAAGAAAGCUUUAUGCGCGAUCACUUGGAAACUGAAUUAAACAAGAUAAGGUGGUGUUGUAGCGCGUGUCCGUUGACAUUCCAGUCUUACCAUCAAGCUCAGUUCCACUGCAAGACGCACACGGGCAUGUCGUCGCGCCCACUCGAAGCGCCCAGAGACACGGGGCUCAGAGCUUCGUGGGUGAAUGCUGUCUUGGAUACGCAGAAGAACUUAAUGAAACGCGAUCCAGCACCCGAUAGUGCAGGGACCCAGCCCAUCGGCCAACCCCACUCGCCAGAACCAGACAACUCCUUGCUCGUAGUCAGAUACGAAGAAAGGGUACCGACUCCAGAAGUAGAGGCGAUGAACAGAACAACCAGCGAAGACGAGAAACUUAUCAUUGACGAACCGCUCAAGAAUAGAAAGAGGAAAGCUCCUCUCGUUUGCGAUUAUUGCACCUACUCGACCACGAGCAUCAAAUUCUUGAAAGAUCACAAAUUACGUCAUUAUGGCCUGCAACCGUCGACCUGCUUCUACUGUAAAUUAACCGGAUCAGCAAAAACGCUGUUGAAACAUCAAAAGAUUUAUCAUUCCAAUCAGCCGCCUAACAUAUUACCCACAGAGCUUCCCACCACCGAUCCGCACACUUGGAUAAACGACCUAAAAAACCGUAGUGCAUACAACGUUGUUAUUUGUUUGCGAUGCCAGUCACCUUUAAUGGAGACGAAUGCCCAAUCGCACGUGCACGAUGAUUCCGAACCAGAAUUUAGUAAAUUCGGAGAAGUUGUUGUAAAAUGCACGACUUGCUCCACGUUAUAUAAGGACAUUAAUAAAUUUUCUAUUCAUAGUAAGUCUCAACAUCCGGACAAUAAUAACUAUGUGUUUUAUAAACUCGCUCAAAAUAAACUGCCGCAGUUCAGUUGCUCUUAUUGCCCGCAGAAAUUUAGUCUGAAGAAAGAUUUAAAAGCACAUAUCGAGUGUUCGCACGUAGGCGAAGUAAGUAAACAAACGUUUGAUUCUCUUCCGAGUUUCUCUGAUCAAAGUGAUGUGAUUUUAUUAGAUGAUGAAGAUGACGAAUCAACGGCUGAAAAAGUGCAACCACCCAGCAGAAAAGUUGCAAGAAAAUCUACGGCAAAGUUGCCAAAUAUAAGGGCUGUGGCUAAGAAGUCAACAACAAAACUACCUUUUUCUGCACCACGUGAAGAAGAAGAGUACUCAUAUUAUGGCACCAAACCAUCGACCGAUGAUCUUGAAAACAUAACAACUUUAAUGCCGUUUUAUAAUACGCUUAUGCCAUUUACCUAUAAAAAGUUGAAAGAAGUUCUUAACAUUACUCCUCAAGUGUUAGUGGAAAAAUUAGACUUAUCGAGGAAAAGUGAUUGUAUAUAGAUUUAUUAUUAUGAACAAUUCCUAAUUGUCUACCUUAUGGUGAGUCUAAUAUCUGUGAUUCAAGCAUUCUUAAUUUAGUUUAUAAAUACCUUAACUCAUUAGUUAUGUUUAAGAUUUUCUAGAAUUUAUUGAUUUUUCGACUGAUUUAGUGAUAGAUUCUUAAGUCAGAUUUAAUUUUGUUUGUUAAUUUGUCAGCGUACUGUAUUCAGAUUGUACCAAUUUGAUUACUAGUUAGGUAUUCAGUGAGUUGUGUUGAUAUAAACAAUAUCAUGUAUACAUAUAUGUAACAGAUUGUAUGUAUAUUGGUUAAAAUAACCAUUAUGUUUUUCUUCCUAAGAUUGUGCCGAAACAGUUGAUUUUGUCAAGUUUAAUUUUUUGUACUGAAUAAAACAGAACUUUUUGAUUA